AUGAAUCACUGAGCGGCACAACAGUCUGAUCGCGGACUCACGCUUCAAUUUCACACAUUACAUCUCAACAAUUAAGGAUCUCAUUAUUAUUUCCGGGCGGAUUGGCGCCACUUUUGCUCCCGUCCGCACCUUUUAUUUCGCCAUCAUCUGCUUUCCUCUCCAGCCAGCGAGACGCCUGUCAGGCUCGCACACCGGCGUGUCAACGACAAGCAGGAAAAAGAUAAAUAUUCAUUUCAUUCGGACACACCUUGUGCAGGACUGCCCUGAAACCGCUACAAUCAACAUGGAUGAAGACAAUCACGUUCCUGAGGAUCUCUCCCUGGAGGAGAGGGAUGAGCUGUGCAACAUCCGGCGCAGGAAGCGGGAGCUGCUCGACGACAUCGAGAGGUUGAAGUUCGAGAUCGCCGAGGUCAUGACAGAAAUCGAGCAGCUGACGUGCGUUGGCGAGAGUAAGACAUCCCAGAGAAACAAGCAGAUUGCAAUGGGCAGGAAGAAAUUCAACAUGGACCCUAAAAAGGGCAUCCAGUUCCUGCUGGAGAAUGACCUCCUUCAGCACACUCCAGAAGACAUCGCCCAGUUCCUCUAUAAAGGCGAGGGUCUAAACAAGACCGUGAUCGGGGACUACCUCGGCGAACGGGACGACUUCAACAUCAAGGUGCUCCAGGCUUUUGUGGAGCUGCACGAGUUUGCAGACCUUAACCUCGUCCAAGCUCUACGGCAGUUCCUGUGGAGUUUCCGAUUGCCGGGUGAAGCUCAGAAGAUCGACCGCAUGAUGGAAGCCUUUGCUUCGCGCUACUGCCAGUGCAACUCCGGGGUCUUCCAGUCCACAGACACUUGCUACGUGCUGUCGUUCGCUAUCAUCAUGCUAAACACUAGCCUGCAUAACCCCAACGUCAGAGACAAGCCCCCUGUGGAGCGUUUCAUCUCUAUGAACAGAGGCAUCAAUGAGGGCGGAGAUCUUCCAGAGGAACUUCUCAGGAACCUCUACGACAGCAUCAAAAAUGAGCCAUUUAAAAUCCCAGAGGAUGACGGGAAUGAUCUGACGCAUACAUUUUUCAACCCCGACAGAGAAGGCUGGCUUUUAAAGCUGGGCGGCAGGGUGAAGACGUGGAAGAGGAGGUGGUUUAUACUGACGGACAACUGCCUGUAUUACUUUGAAUACACAACUGACAAAGAACCACGUGGGAUUAUUCCCCUGGAGAACCUCAGUAUCCGAGAGGUGGAGGAGCCUAGAAAACCUAACUGUUUCGAGCUCUACAACCCCAACCACAAAGGUCAGGUGAUCAAGGCCUGCAAAACCGAAGCGGACGGACGAGUGGUGGAGGGCAACCAUGUUGUUUACAGGAUAUCGGCCCCCACGCAAGAGGAGAAGGAGGAAUGGAUCAAAUCCAUCAAAGCCAGCAUCAGCAGGGAUCCUUUCUACGACAUGUUGGCCACUAGGAAGAGGAGGAUAGCCAAUAAGAAGUAGCCAAAGAAAACCUCCAGUUGCAUCACUGCCACUGAAAUCUUGUGUAUUGAGUGACUUUUCUACGUGGGACCUCCUUAAAAUCUCUCUCACCCGUGAACAGUUGUAGAUUUAAAUAUAUACACUUUUACAUGUUGAUGGGAACCAGCAAAAGAGAGGAAUGAGGAUGGAACCACUUUUUUUGCAUUUCAUGUGCGGGUGGCGCCCUCUGUUGGACUUAUAAAGAACUACAUCUAAUAGAGCCCUCUGGUGGACUUAUAAAGAACUACAUCUAAUAGAGCCCUCUGGUGGACUUAUAAAGAACUCCAUCUAAGAGAGCCCUCUGUUGGACUUUUAAAGAACUCCAUCUAAUAGAGCCCUCUGGUGGGAUUUAUAAGGAACUACAGCUAUGAACCCAUAAGAAGCCUCAGUCGAAGUACAGUAAUCAGCUGGUCUGAUUUGUUUAUGCAAAACACACCGAUCUACUCCUAAUCUUUUAUGAUAUUGUUGGAAAAUUGGUUAGCAAAUUAGAACUUUUGCACUAUUAUUUGGUAAUGAAGUAGCAAUUCCAAUCAGACACAUUUUAGGAAGAUUCAUCUUUUCCUGAUAAUUACUUGGCAAUUUAUUUUAACAAAAUCACCAGUUUACAGUCUGCAUGAAAAUGAUGUACAUAGUUCUUUUCUCCCCUUGUUCUUUUACGUAGUUUGUCGAUCCUUUUAUGGUCAUUUGACAAUACACUUUCACAACCACAGAGGCACAUAUGCCUCAAAAUACAUAUUGUAUCUGUAAGUUAUUUUUUAGCGAUAUAGUAAAAAUGCAAAAAUGAUUUGACUGCUCAGCGCAGUUCUUUGGUUAUUUCAUAAACUUAUGAGAUUUUUCUGAAAAAAUAAAUAAAUUGUAAAAUAACUAAACCUAUGGACAGAAAAUUCUGAACUCUCAUUCAUUGUAAGUGCUUAUUCACCUUGUACACAAGGUUGUUGAACUACAAUCUCUUGUAAAAAAAAAAAAAAAAGUAAACUUUUCUUAACCUGCUAAAUAGUUCUUUCUUAACCCGUUUUUCAGUGCAGUUUUCACACAAGUCAAAAGACAACAGUCCAAUUUCUGACAUUACCAAAUGUAUUUU